AUGGCGUUCGAGCUCUUAAUAUUGACGUUUUCGAUCAUCGUCUUCUUGUACUCAACGGACGAUCGCGCGACCCAAGUGCUCGGAUCCGGCGCAUAUCUUGAGGCCGCGACGUCUUUCUUUGCUGCGCUGCGAAAGGCGAUGGAGACGCAUCGCACGCUCGUGGCCGACACCGACACAGACCGCAAGAUGCGUGUCCUGGCUUCCAGCGUCAUGUGUUGGCAAUGCGUUCUGUACGACGCGUUUUUCGCGGGCGCUGUGCUGCUCAUUUGCGCGUACACGCUCUGUGCGGUGCUAGCGCUGCAGCCGUUCGCGUAA